GUCCGUCAAAUGAAGCAACAUAGCGAUGUCAGGAACAAUCAAUGAUAACCCUCAUGUCAUCGAAGCUGAUCGUCUAUGGAUUUUGCUCCCCGCAUGUUCCUCAUCGCUUAUCGCCUAAUGCCCUGCGUCAUUCGGCGCAGAGCCGCUCGGGGACCACCCAGCGCUUGAUAUCAUGUGAUGGCUGAGUCAGUGAUGUUUCUCGUCCUCAUUGGCAAAUGAUAUGCGUGUUAAGCCUUCAGGAUAUACUCCAUACUCUCCUAUAUAAUUCAGCAAAGCGGAAAUAAAUCAGGAAAGACAUCGGAAUGCUCUUUCGCUCGGUAGCUCAGCGCUUCUCAGCGCCCUCCUCUUUUCUCCUCAGAGCUGCGCCAUCCGGUCGGAGGACCUUGACUUCAACACGGCCCGGGUUCAACGCUUCCAAAGGAUCCAGUGCUUACAGAGAAGGACUCGCUCAAUACAAGACCUUUGCGAGUCCCUUCGCCAAGGUAUUCUUAGGGGCCAUUUUCACCUACCAGGUUAUUUACUGGACUUGGUUGAAGCUUGAGAUGGACGAAUCCAAGUUUGAGAAAAAUCAAGAGGUCGCCGCCCUCGAGAAGAAGGCUAGGGAAUUAACGAACGCACAAAAGUGAUGAUAUCUCUCUGUCUUUCCUUAAGAGUUUUGUUCUGUCUGAUUGGUUAUUUACUGUACUAUAUACCUCACAUGUCCCAUGGAAAUAUCUUCGAUGCUCAGUUGGACGUCUGAUUGCGCUAAUGGUAUUUCGCUCAUUUCUGCUUCGAAAAUGCCAUAAGAUACCGUGAAUCAUGUAUAACUUGUGCUUC